CAGAAGACGCCGGGCGGCGGUGAGCCGCGAUAUAGAAUACUAAGUUUGCUACUUGGAGAAAAAGCAAACAAACAUGGCUUCCAACACAGUGAACCUUGCUAACCAUUUGCCAUACUUCUUUGGAAAUAUUACACGUGAAGAAGCUGAGGAGUAUCUGAUGCAAGGAGGACUGAGUGAUGGUCUAUACUUGCUCCGUCAAAGCCGGAAUUACCUGGGAGGCUUUGCCUUAUCCUUGGCCCAUGGAAGGAAGGUUCAUCAUUAUACAAUUGAGAGGGAGCUGAGUGGCUCAUAUGCUAUUGCAGGAGGCAAGUCCCAUGCCAGUCCUGCUGAACUCAUUAACUAUCACUCAGAGGAAGCAGAUGGUCUUGUCUGUCUACUGAGGAAACCUUUCAACAGACCACCAGGUGUUGAACCCAAAACAGGACCCUUUGAAGAUUUAAAAGAGAACCUCAUAAGAGAGUAUGUCAAACAAACUUGGAAUUUGCAGGGGUAUGCUCUUGAACAGGCUAUCAUUAGUCAAAAGCCUCAGCUGGAGAAGUUGAUUGCCACUACUGCCCAUGAGAAGAUGCCAUGGUUCCAUGGGAGGAUCUCUCGAGAAGAUUCAGAACACCGUAUCCUCAUUGGAUCAAGGAACAAUGGAAAAUUUCUUAUCAGAGAGAGGGACAGCAAUGGUUCCUAUGCCCUGUGUCUGCUGAAUGAUGGAAAAGUACUGCAUUACCGUAUUGACAGAGAUAAGACAGGAAAACUCUCCAUACCGGAUGGAAAAAGAUUUGAUACCCUCUGGCAGUUAGUUGAGCAUUAUUCAUACAAACCAGAUGGAUUAUUAAGAGUUCUUACGGUUCCCUGUCCACAACUUGGCUCAGAAAAUGAUAAUAUUGUUUUUAACACUCAUCCUUCUCUUCCUGGAACUCCUUCUAAGAGUUGGGCAGGAGGUGGAAUUAUCUCAAGACUCAAAUCAUACACCUUUCCGAAGGCUGGCAGCAAAAAGUUUCAGCCAGCUAUUGGUCACCCACCUGAUGAAGCACCUUUUAAUCCUUAUGUGCUACAAAGAAAGAUUCGAGGUAUUACGGGAGCAGAAAAAGGUGAUCAGAGAGAGGCCUUACCCAUGGAUACUGAGGUCUAUGAAAGUCCAUAUGCUGAUCCAGAUGAAAUGAAACCAAAAAAUGUCACUCUUGACAGGAAAUUGUUAACCUUGGAGGAAGGAGAACUUGGAUCUGGCAACUUUGGUACUGUAAAGAAAGGGUUCUAUAAGAUGAAAAAGGGUGCCAAGCCAGUGGCUGUAAAAAUUCUUAAGAAUGAGAGUAAUGAUCCAGCCAUAAAGGAUGAAUUACUGAAAGAAGCAAAUGUAAUGCAGCAACUGGAUAACCCAUAUAUUGUCCGAAUGAUUGGCAUAUGUGAAGCUGAAGCCUGGAUGUUAGUAAUGGAAAUGGCUGAACUUGGGCCAUUGAACAAAUUUUUACAGAAAAAUAGGCAUGUCACAGAGAAGAAUAUAACAGAGCUGGUACAUCAGGUUUCCAUGGGGAUGAAAUACUUGGAGGAGAAUAACUUUGUUCAUAGGGAUCUGGCUGCAAGGAACGUGCUGUUAGUCACCCAACAUUAUGCCAAAAUUAGUGACUUUGGACUUUCUAAAGCUCUUAGUGCUGAUGAAAAUUAUUAUAAGGCACAAAGUCAUGGAAAAUGGCCAGUCAAGUGGUACGCUCCAGAAUGCAUGAAUUUCUACAAAUUUUCUAGCAAGAGUGAUGUCUGGAGCUUUGGAGUUUUAAUGUGGGAAGCUUUCUCCUAUGGGCAAAAACCAUAUAAGGGAAUGAAAGGUGGUGAAGUUGCACAGAUGAUUGAAAGAGGAGAACGAAUGGAACGUCCUGAAGUCUGUCCAACAGAAGUCUAUGAUCUAAUGAAAUUGUGUUGGACAUACAACGUUGAUGACCGACCAGGAUUUGUUGCAGUCGAGCUGAGAUUACGUAACUACUAUUACGACAUUUCCCAGUAACAGCAUGAAGAACAGCAGCUUCCUUGCCUCCAGCCAGCACCCUCUGAGAAGCAGUUCAGUUUCUAAAACCAUGUGACUUUGAUUUUUGUACUGCUGCUUUCACCCUACUAACCUCAGAGUUAAGCCCGGUGCCUGUAGGGUUGCCUUUUCUUGCCUUCUGUGCAAUAUCCAACCCUGAAAUACAGUGUUGAAAGUGGAGAGGCCUCAAAGCCAGGACAUCAGAGCAGAUGCUUAUACUUUUGCUACAUUCCUUUUCAUUUUAUGUGCAGCUUUAUUUGCAUUACAUUUUGCAGUCAUGUAAAAGCUGUUUAAUAUCCUUCAGCCCUCUUCCUCUCUUGUAUUUGAAUGCAGAUUGGAGUUUAGAUUCUUCUUAUUAAUAUUCUUAGCUCUCAAAUGCGUUAAGAGUUGUUCCAGCCUUCCCCAUCCUCAAGGAAGGAUAGCAUAUACAUUUCUCACUGUGAAGGAAAUUAACUGUGAAAGUGUGUCAGUUAGUUUGACUGAGUGCAUGUUUGAUUUUACCUCCAGAUCCCUUUAAAACCAAGUCGUAUUCUUCUCAGUAAUAAUACAGUCAGAGGUGAACUGGGAGAUGUGAAUUUCUGACAUUUUAAUCUCCUUUUAUUGUGACCAGCUUCCCUCAUUCCUCAACUCAUUGGAAGCCCAGCUCUCCCUCAGAGGACUGUUUUUUUCCUGGUGAAACCUGGAAACUCUGAAGCUUGCUCUGUGGUUUCUAAAGCUGAAUUUCACUGCUAGUUUAAAUAUUUUUAAACAGGCAUAUGGACAUCGAAUUUACUUUUGUCCUGCCCUAAAUAUAGUAUUUGUCCCAAUAUUAAUGCCUGUGAGCAUCUCAGGAAGAGGUGUUUCUUUUCUCACUCUGUUGUAACGGACCGACCAUCUUGAUUAAUGUGCAGGUAUAGCAGUGGAAAUAACACACAAUGUAAUCAACUUCUGAUUCUGUUUUUAUCCUUAUGCUUAAUUUUUCCAGUUUCAUUUUAAAUAUUACAGAUGUUAAAAUUUCUAUCACUUGUUAUUCUCAAGCAGUUACUUUACUGGCAUUUACAUGUAUCUCAGGAGUCUAUAUACAUUGCCUCUACUAGAUACAGAGAUUUUAGAAGUAUAUAAAAAUAAGUUUUAGAUAUAUUUAUUGGACAUGGCUAGUUAGAGCAUACAUGUUGUUGUGUGAACAGGGUUUCUUAAAGAUGCAGCAGUAUUUUUUUUCUUGCGAAGACACUGUGUGGCCAAUUAGGGUGAGAAAGUGUGUAAUAAUUUUCAUAAAGCAGAUUACUCUAAAAAUGUAGGAGUUACUGUAAUAUUUUUUUUCCUUUUAAUAAGUUUAUGGUCUAUUUUUAAAAAAAA